AGAGAGAGAAGAAAGCCAGGGGGAAUGUCUAAGGGAGUCUGAGGGAACCGGUGGGCAGGAGAGAGGCUUUGGACGACAGAGUGCAGGAAAGAGUGGUUUAAAAAUACUCCCUCGGUUGCUAGAAAUAGAUUUGGGUUUGGACAACUUAAUCAGGAAAAGCUCAGCGCGCGUUUUAGCUGUGCGUCUUUUGGGUAACCUACUCAACCAAAACAACCGAGGGAAAGACUUCUCAGCAGCGCGGAGAUUUUUUUUUCUUCCACAGCUUGUCUCUUUUAAAAGGGAACUGAAACGACAGGAUCCGGUUUGCUUGGGUCCCGUUUGUGGAUACUAAUUUAAUCAACAAGUCAGAGCAAAACUUAUUCCGUCUUUGCGCACAACUUUGGAUCUUGGAGCUGCUGAGAUGCGGUGAUGGAGUUCGCGGAUGUUUCUAAGAUGCCUCUUCUCCUCAUGAAGCUCAUUUUCAGAGGUGAUCUCCUCUCAAAACAAACCAUGAACGGCUCUAAAUGGUCCUUUUUGACCGUCGCUGUCAUUUUUCUGACCUGGAAACCUGCAGCCGCCGGGACACUGUCAGAUCUGGAGUUUGAACGGAGUCCGUCUACCGUCAUCUCCUCGCUGGGCAAACCUGUGACGAUGCACUGCAGCCUGAAGGGAAGCGGGGGUGAGGAAGAAGACCCCCCUGAUGUGGUCUGGCUCAGAGACGACGUACCACUUCUGUAUGCAGACACCAACCAGUUCCAAGUUCUCACCGGCACCAACAGCUGGACGAUCAUGAGCACGCUCAGAAUUGAGAAGGUCCAGCUCCCUGACAUGGGCUCCUAUAGAUGUGCUGUUCUGUCAGAACGCCAUCAGACUCUGUCUGAGGAGGGCAGAAUUCAGCUGGAAGGCCUUCCUCAUUUCUCUGUGGAGCCUCAGCACAUGUCUGUAGUGGCCAACGUCUCCUUGAGUCUGAGCUGUGUGGCCCACGGACCUCCAGAGCCAGUCAGGGUCAUCUGGCUGCAGGAUGGAGCUCCUCUCAACUCCCUGACGGACCCCGUGGCCCUGUCGCCCUCCACCCUCAACCUCACAGGUCUGAACAGGACCAGCACCUUCUCUUGUGAAGCUCACAACCGCAAAGGUGUGGCCACCUCUGGGUCUGGGACCAUCACUGUCCUCCCAGGCCAGCCUCAGAACGUGAGCGCUUUGGAGAUCACUCAGAACUCACUGCGUUUAUCGUGGCAGCCGGGUUUUGGAGGCGACUACCCGAUAAUCCGCUGCUCUGUGCAGGCCAAGCACUCGGGGGAGUCCUACAUGACAGGCCCAGAUAAGCUGAUCCACAACCAGAACGUGAACAUCCCACCGGCCGCCCACCUCAUCGGGGACCUGGAGCCCCACAGCCUCUACGCCGUCAGGGUGGCCUGUCACAGCAGCCAGGGUCCUUCUGACUGGACGCCCUGGGUGGAGCUACGCACCAAAGAAGGAGUGCCAGAAAACCCUCCUGUCAAUGUGACGGCCGUGCUAAAUGGGACGGAGGUGUUGAUGGCGUGGGAGGGGCCUCCGGGGAAGCUGAACGGAGAACUGCAGGGUUACAUGGUGGAGUACAGUACGCCUGCAGCACAGCAGUUUGUUGUGGACACUGGAUUGGACACUGAGCUGUCAAUCAAUCUGUCCGUCCCCCUGUCCAAUGUGACUUUUCGAGUUUGUGCGUACACAGGGGCAGGUCAAGGGCCGUGGACCCCCGCACAGACUCUUACACUUAUUUCUCCUGAAAUAGGGGGAUUCAGAGGUCCCUCGUCGCCCCCAGCCUUUUCCUGGCACUGGUGGUAUGUGGUGAUGGCCAUCGCCGGCGCCGUGUCCAUAGCUGUGCUCAUGGCUGUUUACGUGGCCAAGCUGCGGCGCAAGGAGACGCGUUUUGGGGAGGCGUUUGAACCCAUGAUGGAGAGCGGAGAACUGGUGGUCAGGUAUCGCGCCCGACGCACCUACAGCCGCAGGACUACAGAGGCAACAUUGAACAGCCUGGGCAUCAGCGAUGAGCUGAAGCAGAAGCUCCAAGAUGUGAUGGUGGACAGACAUAAACUAACCCUGGGAAAGACUCUGGGAGAAGGGGAGUUUGGCUCUGUGAUGGAAGGCCUGCUGACUCAGGAGGAGUCUGUUCUCAAAGUUGCUGUCAAGACUAUGAAAAUUGCCAUCUGCACGCGCUCAGAGAUGGAAGAUUUUCUACGUGAGGCCGCCUGCAUGAAGGAGUUCGACCACCCCAACGUCAUGAGGCUUUUAGGAGUGUGUCUGCAGACUGUGGAGAGUGAAGGUUACCCCUCCCCAGUGGUCAUCCUGCCCUACAUGAAACAUGGAGACCUGCACAGCUAUCUGCUAUACUCGAGGCUUGGCGACUGUCCUGUGUACCUCCCAUCUCAGAUGCUGGUGAAGUUUAUGACCGAUAUUGCCCGAGGAAUGGAGUACCUCAGCAGCAAGAACUUCAUCCACAGAGACCUCGCUGCUCGUAACUGCAUGCUGAAUGAGAAUAUGAAUGUAUGUGUGGCCGACUUUGGCCUCUCCAAGAAGAUCUACAACGGAGACUACUACAGGCAGGGACGGAUCUCCAAGAUGCCCGUUAAAUGGAUCGCCAUCGAAAGCUUAGCUGACCGCGUCUACACCACAAAGAGCGACGUGUGGUCGUUUGGAGUCACCAUGUGGGAAAUCGCCACUCGGGGCCAGACGCCGUAUCCUGGGGUGGAAAACAGUGAGAUUUAUGAUUAUUUGAGACAAGGAAACCGUCUCAAACAGCCUCCAGACUGUCUGGACUGCAUUUACGCUCUGAUGUUCUCCUGCUGGCUGCUGAGCCCAAAGGAUCGACCAUCAUUCGAGUCCCUGCGCUGCGAGCUGGAAAAAGCUCUGGAGGAUCUUCCGGACACCCAGGACCCCGACGAGAUUCUGUACGUCAACAUGGACGAGUCCUCCAUGGAGCUCGGUGCCGUCGGCGGUCGCGACCCCACCGGGGGUCCGACGCCUCUCUGCCUGAAAGGUCUGGACUCUGUGACCACGGUGGAGGUUCACCCCCUCAACCGCUACGUCCUCUGUCCUCAACACGAGACCAACCGGACCCUUUGUGACUCCAUGGAGAGCCUGGACAUGCCGGUGUCAUCCUCCACAGCCACUCUGCCUCUACAGCCGUCCUACCACUCCACCCCCAGCUCCACCCCAGCUCCCACCCCGACUGUGGAGCUGCUGGAGGACAGGGAUUCAUCCAGGAAAAUGCCCUGGCAGUGAUGAAUUCACUCUUUAAAAUGACAAGACUGCUCACUGCCAAAGUGUGCUUUCCCAGUCCAAGAACAAGAACCUUGCAGCCUCUUGCUACUGACUGUAAGAAACCUUAUGUGCCUCUCCGUACAUGUUUUGCACAAAUCCACACACACAGCCGAAGGCAUUCCAAGGAAGUGAAGAACCGGGAUUGUUUUUUAUGUCAAAGCCCUCUCUUCUAAGAUGAGCACAAUUUCAAGUGGGUGUAAAAUUUGACAGUGGGUGAAGUUUAGAGCACAUGCUGUUGCCCACAAACACUGCAGCACAAUCAGAGAAGUUAAUCCCCAGUCACUAUAGCAAUAAUAUACCAUUCCUGUCCAACUGCCUGUAUACAGCAGAGCGAUUAAGCUAAAAAACUAAAUCAAACCUCUUUGUGAAACCAGCUCAGCCACUGCCAGACUGAACCUACAACUGUGCAAGCACAAAAGCUCGAACGUUUCCAGCGAGUAAGCACUAACGUGGAUAAAAACUCAGCCCACUCGAGGAAACUCUGAUGGAGAAGCCUCACUUAUUCCUGCAUCUGUGUAGCUCAGAGCAAAAACAACUUGAUUGGAAAGAAAGAAAUAAGCAGCAGAAUCUGGUGAAGACAACUGGCUGCUUUAAUUCAGAAUUCAAAAUAUUUUGAGGCUCAAAUUGCCAGCAUUGUUGUUGUUGGGUAAAACCCUCAAAGUUGGUGUUUUUGAACUUGAGUCCUGUAAUUAGUUUGAUGUCUCAAGACUUAAAGAAAACCUACACUUGAGUUUCACCACACCUGAGGAGAAAUGGAAUAAAAUACGAGAACAGAAAACCAAAAUUUGCAAAGAAAACAAAGGGCUUUAUAAACUUCUGUAAGAGGAACCUUCAUCUUAUAUAUAUAUAUAUAUAUAUAUGUAUAAAAGAACUACAGUAGUUUACAUCACAGCCCAGUGUAGCGCUCUAACAAACUCCUGUAUCUCCUCCACGGGUUUUACUGUCAGUGCUGCUUUAAGCACAUUGAGCCAUUUGCCGCACACAUAAGACGACUGUUUUCUCACUGACAGGUUUCAGCUAAUCUAUACGUCUUUGUCAUGACUCAGGAAUCUGAGACUUUGUUGUACAGGGACGGAGGUACUGGUCAAAUCAAGAGGGUACAGAUAAUCCGAGGUACAGGUGGGCGGACUGAGGACACGGUGGAGUUACUCAACACAAACAAUGAGCUCCUCUCCUUUGCUUUUGUCUCAAGCACAGUGUUAUUACACAUUUUGUAAUUUUUAUGCUGAUUUAUGUAUUUCUACAACUUUGCACUAAUGUUUUUUUUAUAUCUGUGUAUGUUUAUAAUUUGUAUAUCUUUUCUGUUUUUCCAUUUUGUGUCUUGUUUUCUCCUGUACAUAUGUGUGUUUUCGGGCGUCACGUAGAAGCCUGUGUUCAACUUACAUUUUCACAACGGGGUAGAACAAAGCCUGAGAAAACAUUACAGGGCCUUUUUUUUCCGUAAAUGAGCGAAGGCUGGGAAACAUGACUAACCUCUUCCUCUGACAUCAUCCUCCAACUCUUAUUCUGGGACAUUUUUUCUCGAGGUUUAGCACUGUAAAUAGACGACUGUUACCAGCAGAGUCGAGGAGGAGAACAGAGCAGCUAGAAAUGGAAGUGAAGAGCAUCCAAAUCUCUGCUUUUAGGACCAGCUGCAACUUUCCAUCAUGCUGCAUGCACUUAUAUACAUAUUAGUUCAUUAUUCUGCUAUUGAAAUGGACUCGACCACAUCCUGCACACAUUUUGGGAGUAAAUUUAGUUCUGAUGAGGCGCUGUGUUUCUUUGUUGUAUACGUCAAAGGUACUUAUGUAUGAAACCAUAUACAGUGGUAUGUUAUACCAGUAGCAUUACUGAAAUUCCCUGCUAAGUUAAAGUGUGCAUUUUUGCAAUACCUUUGGUACUGUACAUGUUUUAUGAAUCACAUAAAGUGGUGCUGAGACUGAGGCACUAAUUGAAUUUGACCUGGUCUAAUAUAAUGCCAGUUUUAUACCUGUUUCUUUGGAGCAUUUACAUCUUUGGACAAACUAACAAACAAAAGAAACAACAAAAUCUAAAUUUCCACACAUAUUCCAGCAAAAAUCCCUUAUUUGAGAUUACACUGAGCCUUAAAUCACAGAAUUUCAGAAGUGUACCAAGUGCCUUCAGAGAGCCAGUAUUUUGCAUUACAGCAGACACGUGUAUGGAUUGUGAUUCUCCUUGUGUGUUUUUUUUUUUUAAUUGGGAGAAGAUUGUACUAUAGCUGUCUUUAUAUUGUCACUGUCAUGAUUUGUAAGCAAAAUUUUUAUACAGUAACUGCAGUAUUUUGCAUAAGAAAUAAAUGUGUUCAUUCAAGAAUGA